UCUCCUCAUCAUCACAAUCCUCAGUUUCUUGGGUGCCUCCCGCAUAUCCACCUCAAAGUCAUACCCCUUCUUCAUAUAUCUGCAGGUCUUCCCCUCCCCAUCCGUCUGCUUUUUAUAUGCCCCUUCAAAAGGUUUGAUUUUCAGUUCCCGACAUGACUCUCCCACUCCUCUCUAUUUACUUUUCAUGGAAUCCCACCUCUCUCUUUCCCCUUCCCUUUCCCUUCCCUGCAUGAUUCACCUUUCCUUAUAAUCUAUUCGCCACCUGCCGCUCUAUUGCCACCUUCCCCUCCAAUGGCUGCUCCCCUCCCUACCAGGUUUCAAACCCUUCUGCAGGCCGCCGUGCAGUCAGUUCAUUGGACUUAUAGCCUUUUCUGGCAACUUUGUCCCCAGCAAGGGAUUCUGGUGUGGGCCGAUGGUUACUACAAUGGGGCAAUUAAGACUCGGAAAACAGUGCAGCCAAUGGAAGUUAGUGCCGAGGAAGCUUCUCUCCAGAGAAGCCAGCAACUCAGGGAGCUCUACGAAUCAUUAUCCGCCGGAGAGACCAACCCUCCUGCACGACGGCCUUGUGCUGCCUUGUCGCCGGAGGACCUGACCGAAUCCGAAUGGUUCUACUUGAUGUGCGUCUCUUUCUCCUUUCCUCCUGGCAUCGGAUUACCGGGAAAAGCAUAUGCGAGAAGGCAGCAUGUAUGGCUUGCCGGAGCAAACGAGGUGGACAGCAAAACGUUUUCAAGAGCUAUUCUUGCCAAGAGUGCUCGCAUACAGACCGUGGUGUGCAUUCCUCUAAUGGACGGCGUGGUAGAGUUGGGCACAACAGAUAAGGUUCAAGAAGACCUUAAUUUUAUCCAACAUGUGAAGAGCUUCUUCAUAGACCACCAGCGGCAGCACCACCCUCCUCCGCCAAAGCCCGCCCUCUCCGAGCACUCUACUUCCAACCCCACCACCUCUUCCGACCACUCCCGCUUCCAUUCCGCCCCCAUCCCCACUGCCAUGUACUCCGCCGUGGACCCAUCACCCGCCACCCCAGCUGCUCCCAACAACCACAUGAAUGAAGAUGACGAGGAGGAUGAUGAAGAAGAAGCUGACUCCGAUUCUGAGGCGGAAACGGCCCGCAACAGCCGCCCAACGUCUACACCGAAUGCUUCAGGUGUGCCAGCAGCUACUGCAGCAGAACCGAGCGAGUUAAUGCAGCUGGAGAUGUCGGAGGAUAUCCGGGUGGGAUCACCGGACGAUGGCUCCAACAACCUCGACUCAGAUUUCCAUAUGCUAGCGGUGAGCCACCCAACGGAUCACGUACCGAGCCGAGUAGACUCGUACCGGGCCGAGUCGACCCGGAGAUGGGUUGAUCCAGUGCUUCAACUACCAGCUCCAGAAGGCGGUCAACUAGAAGACCUCACACAAGAGGACACCCACUACUCUCAAACAGUGUCUACCAUUCUCCACAACCAGUCUAUUCGGUGGGCCGAGUCACCCUCCGUCGAGUGCAUAACUUACUCCUCUCAGUCGGCUUUUGCCAAGUGGAGUACCCGUGCCGACCACCACCACCACCACCACCUCCACGUGUCCGCCGACGGGACCUCUCAGUGGCUCCUCAAGUACAUUCUGUUCACAGUUCCUUUCCUUCACGCCAAGUACCAAGACGACAACUCGCCCACGCCCCGGGAUGGCAACGAUCCCGUCACGCGCCUCCGUGGAAAGGGAACACCGCAGGAUGAGCUAAGCGCAAACCACGUGCUGGCGGAGCGACGCCGCCGCGAGAAGCUCAACGAGAGGUUCAUUAUACUGAGAUCGCUUGUGCCCUUCGUCACCAAAAUGGACAAAGCAUCGAUAUUAGGAGACACCAUCGAGUACGUGAAGCAGCUGCGUAAAAAGAUCCAGGAUCUGGAGGCUCGUAACCGCCAGAUGGAAGUAGAACAACAGUCAAAGGAGCAACCGAGGAGCUUGGCGAGACCGGGGCCGGACAAGAGGAAGAUGAGGAUCCUGGAGGGGAGCGGAGGGAUGAGGAAGCCGAAGACAGUGGAGGAGUCACCGCCGUCAUCGCCGUCGGGAGUGGUGACGUCAGUGCAAGUGUCGAUCAUAGAGAGCGACGCGCUGCUGGAGCUGGAAUGCGAGAACAGGGAAGGGUUGUUGCUGGACGUGAUGCAAAUGCUGAGAGAGAUGAGGAUAGAGGUGACGACGGUGCAGUCAUCACUGAACAACGGGGUGUUCAUGGCGGAGCUGAGGGCGAAGGUGAAGGAAAAUCCGAACGGAAAGAAGACCAGCAUAGUUGAAGUGAAAAGGGCCCUCAACCAAAUCAUACCCCACAAUGAUUGACUUUGUAUAUUUACUGUUUAGUCUGAUAUAUUAAAUCUCACUGGAUGUGCGUGUCUGGUUCAACAAAUGAAAUUGGCAGGCGUGAAGGUGUAGUGGCGCAGGUAAAGAUGCAUGAAAGAAGACCGGGUCCCUUUGUAGACGGAGCGCCAAACACGACCGUUUAGGAUUGUGCCAGACGCAAUGGAAGUGUGGCCAUUUGAUACAAAUUUGAUUUAGGUAGGUGUUCCAUUUCCUAACAAAAUGUACAUCUUGACAUAGCCACAGCAUAUUUUUAGUAUUUAUGUGCUCCAAUCUCACAUGCAUGCUUCCUCA